CCCCUCCCUUCUUGAUUCGGCAUGUAAACAUGGUGGGGUUCUCUCCCCCUUAUUUUGCUAUCGUUCAUAUAAUUUGUUAUUACGCCUGUGUUAACUGUGUCCGUGCUUAUAGCUCAAUAUUCUAAAACAGGUUUUUAAUAAUGUUCUUUGCAGACACAUAGAGAAGAAUUAAUCAACAGGAGCAAACGGUCGAUACGGAAAUAGAGACUCCACGUUUAGGAAACUUACUACAAUGACGUCAGCAUCACAUGACUUAAUUUUCUUCGUCAAUGGACGAAAGAUCACAGUGACAAACCCAAAUCCAGAGACGACCUUGUUGUAUUUUCUGAGGUCAAAGCUCCAUAUGACAGGAACGAAAGGAGCAUGUGGCGAGGGUGGUUGCGGCGCCUGUACAGUAAUGUUUUCAAGAUAUGAUACAACAUUGGACAUAAUCAAACAUUAUGCUGUGAAUGCAUGCCUGGCUCCGCUUUGUGCUGUUCACGGUAUAGCUGUCACGACGAUCGAAGGCCUCGGCAGUGUCAGGACAAAACUACACCCACUCCAGCGUCAGAUUGCUGAGAAUCAUGGGUCUCAGUGUGGCUUUUGCACUCCAGGAAUUAUUAUGUCAAUGUAUGCAUUACUCAGAAACAAUCCCCACCCCACAACAGAGCAGCUCUAUGAUGCAAUGGACGGAAACUUGUGCAGGUGUACUGGGUAUCGUCCUAUACUUGAAAGUUUUUAUCCAUUUAUUAAGCGAUACAGUGAUUGUCCUAUGGGAGAAAAAUGUUGUAAGAAUCAGAGCAAACCAGUGACAAAUGGUUGUGCUUCGGAAAAUGGUGCACCUGAUGAUCCAAGUGCAGAAGAUUCUUUGAACUCAGAAGAUGAACUAUGUGAACUCUCUGAGCCUGUAUUCUAUGACCCGAGCCAAGAGCCGAUCUUUCCACCAGAGUUAAAGCUAAUGUCAGCAAAACUGAUUAGUGAGAAUCUCCGAUUUGAAUCAGACCGCUGUACUUGGCUCCGCCCUACGACCCUGGCACAGCUUCUUGAAAUAAAAAACAGAUAUCCAGAUUGUAGGCUGGUAACUGGCAACACAGAAAUAGGAAUCGAAACAAAGUUUAGACAAAGACACUACACAACUUUAGUGAGUCCUGCUUUUGUCAAAGAACUCAGAGAAGUCAAGAUCCUGGAGAAAGGAAUCAAGUUUGGUGCCUCUGUGUCACUGACUGACAUGGAAAAACAUUUGAGAAAAGCUGUCAGCACAUAUCCUGAGGAAAAGACUCGAGUGUUUAGAGGAUUUAUUGAGAUGUUAGGAUUUUUUGCUGGGAGACAAAUCAGGAAUGUUGCUAGCAUUGGAGGGAAUAUCAUAAAUGCCAGCCCAAUCUCAGACCUGAAUCCUCUGCUACUAGCAUGUAAUGCUGAAAUUGAGUUUGCUGCUCAUGGUCUUGGUCAUAGAUCAGUGAAAAUGGACACAGAAUUUUUCAGAGGUUAUAAAAAAACAAGAAUGCGACCACAUGAGAUUUUAAUUUCAAUCACCUUACCGUUCACAACUGAAAAUGAUUUCUUUUAUGGCUACAAACAAGCGUGCCGCAGAGAAGAUGACAUCUCCAUAGUCAACGCUGGGAUGAGAGUGACCCUUGUCUUCAAUACUAGAGUCAUCACAGACAUUCAGCUGGCAUUUGGGGGCAUGUCUGUCAAUACUGUACUGGCUGCAAAAACAAUGGAGGCUUUAAAGGGGAGAAUGUGGGAUGACUCUGUCCUUGACAUUGCCUGCUCCCAAGACAUGCUGCCUGCUGAUCUUCCAUUGCCUCCAGGAUCACCUGGGGGGAUGGUGGCCUACAGGAGGACACUGACCCUCAGCUUUUUCUUCAAGUUCUUCACAGCUGUGUCUAAAAAGCUUCAAGAGAGGGUCAUAAUGAGCUUGGUACCUCUUGUUGGUCUAAGCGCUGCUGACCCACUUAAGCGAGGGAUAAGCAGAGGAAGUCAGUUUUACAAAGUUAAAGAUCCUGAUUCACCAUUUGAUUCAAUUGGCAAACCUUUGGUUCAUGUGUCGGCACACAAACAGGUCACAGGGGAGGCAAUGUUUAUGGAUGAUUUACCAAAAUGUCAAGGUGAACUGUUUGUGGGUCUGGUGACUAGCAAGAGAGCUCAUGCUCGUUUGCUCAAAGUAGACUUCUCCACUGUCCUGCAGAUGCCUGGAGUUGUUGAUGUCGUUGACUACAGAGAUGUCCCUGGGGAUAACAACUGGGACACGACAGAACAAGUCUUUGCCAAGGAUAUGGUUGUUCAUGAAGGCCAGGUAAUUGCUGCAGUGGUGGCCCAAACACUUGCAGAGGCCCAGAGGGGGGCACACAGUGUUGAAGUAGAGUAUGAAGACUUGGAGCCUGUUCUUUCUAUCAAACAGGCAAUUGAAAAGAAUUUGUUCUUCCCUACGCCAGUCAAGUUGGACACUGGUGAUGUUGAGAAAGCUUUUCAAAACUGCGACCAUGUUGAGGAAGGUGACAUGCAUGUGUCAGCCCAGGAGCACUUUUAUCUGGAACCCCAGGGCUGCGUGGUGUACCCAAGGGAUGCAGGGGAGAUAGAGGUUGUAGCCACCACACAGUCACCCACACAGAUGCAGACAUGCCUGGGUAAAGUCUUGGGACUCUCAGCCAAUCGUAUCGCAGUGAAAGUGAAGAGACUGGGUGGAGGAUUUGGGGGUAAGGAAACAAGAACAGCCACAUGCUUGCUGCCUGCAGCUGUCGCAGCUGUCAAAACCAAUAAGCCUGUCCGAUGUGUGUUGGACAGGGAUGAGGACAUGUGUUUGACUGGGACGCGGCAUCCUGCGUACAUUAAAUACAAAAUUGGCUUCAAUAAAGAUGGAAAAAUUGUAGCUAUUGAUUCUCACCUGUAUCUAAAUAUGGGACACUCCAUUGACCUGUCACCUGCGGUCUUAGAGACAGCUGUACUUGCUUUGGACAAUGCUUACAAUAUUCCAAACUUCAGAGUUCAAGGUCACUUAUGCAAGACCAACUUGACUUCCUGCACAGCAUUCAGAGGCUUUGGUGGCCCACAGGCUGUCAUUAUGGCAGAGAACUGGGUCAGCCAUGUAGCAGAUGUUCUUCAUAAGUCUCCAGAAGAGGUCAGGGAGAAAAACUUUUAUAAAGAAGGGGAGACUAUCCCAUGUGGCCAGGUCGUUACACAAUGCAAUAUACUAAAGUGUUGGCAAGAGUGUAUAAAGAAUAGCGAUUACUACAGAAGGAAAGAUGCUGUGAUACAAUACAACAGAGAAAACCGUUGGAAGAAGAAAGGUAUAGCCAUUACACCUCUCAAGUAUGGGCUAGCUUUCUUACUUCAGUCCAUGAAUCAGGGUGGAGCAUUAAUACAUAUUUACACUGAUGGCACUGUUCUUGUAUCUCAUGGAGGUAUAGAGAUGGGACAAGGUUUACACACCAAGAUGAUUCAGGUUGUCAGUAAGGAGCUUGAUGUGCCAGUUUCAUGUAUACACAUUAGUGAGACCUCCACGACACUUGUACCCAACACUGGGCCCACUGCUGCCAGUAUGUCUUCAGAUCUCUAUGGUGCUGCUAUUAUUGAUGCCUGUGAUAUACUUAAAGAACGCCUGGCACCAUUCAGAGCAGCAGAACCUGACAAGACACUCUUAGAAUGGGCACAUGCAGCCCACCAGAGCAGAGUUCCAUUAUCAGCUGUUGGCUAUUAUAAACUUGAAGGUAUCAAUCUUGACUGGAGCAGGAAGAUCAAUAGCCCUUUCAGCUAUUUCUCAUUUGGAGCUGCUUGUUCAGAGGUGGAGAUAGACUGUCUCACUGGAGACCAUCAGGUAUUGAGGACAGAUAUUGUCAUGGAUGUUGGCCAGAGUCUUAACCCAGCUAUUGAUGUUGGACAAAUUGAAGGAGCAUUUACUCAGGGUUAUGGCCUUGUGAUGCUUGAAGAGUACAAAGUGUCUCCUGAGGGAAUCCAUCUAUCCCGAGGUCCAGGAAACUAUAAGAUUCCAUCGUUUGGUAACAUCCCACAUAUUUUUAAUGUCUCUCUGCUCAAAAGUAGUCAAAAUCCAAGAGCUGUUUACUCUUCCAAGGGUGUUGGUGAGCCUCCCCUGUGUCUGGCCACAUCAGUUUUGAUGGCCACCAAGGCUGCUAUCAAGGCCGCAAGGUCACAUUCAGGAUUAAAAGGUUACUUUCCUUUGUACACACCGGCUACCCCAGAAAGGAUUAGAAUGGCCUGCAUGGACCGCUUUGCUCAACAGUUUGCUGAAGAUGGAGAGAAAGAUGCUAAGAAACCCUGGACAAUACUUCUUUGAACCCUGUCACCACCACAACACUCUUGACCACAACUUUAGUGGACCACCUGGAGCAAACCUAACCUGUUUAUCUGUUAGCACUAGCCUCAGUGUGAGGGAAAAAUGUGUUAGUUGAUUAGUGUAGCACUGUCUUUGUUGACUUAGUAAUGUUUUUAUCUUUUCAUAAUGUAGGACAGUUAGUACCUAGUAAGAACCAUGUAGUUAGGUUUUCUUUUCAACACUGUCUUUGUUCAAAGUACCUUACGAUCACAUUAACAUUACAUUCAAAUCUGAGUACAACUUUAUUAAAAUCAUAUAAUAAAUGAAAAAUCUAUUGAAUAGUGUUGGCCAUGCUGUUUAUCUGAAUGCAUGAUUUAUGUAGACUGUUUUCUGACCAUAUUUUUAAUCUUUUGAUGUGAAACUUUAUGUUCAUCAUAUUUUAGUUUUAUUAUAUAGAAUGAUCUCAUUUUGGAUAGCGUUUACACAGACUUUGUAUUAAGAGUCUAUUCUAUGUUAUUGUUAGGCCAAUGUGUAAAUAUUCAUAAACUUAUUUACUUACUUUAAAAAUGUAUUUUAUUAGUGAUUUGUCUAUUUAUAGGUAAGGGAGAUUUUGAAUAGACUAGAAUAGUAUUAAUAUCAUUGUUUUAUAUAAUUUUGACAUAUUUGGAGAAAUGUGAGCACUAAUAGGAAUUUCUCUAAAAACAUUUUUCUCAUUACUUUUAGGCCUACAUACAAAACCCAAAGUUCCACAUCUAUUUAUAGCAUACCUUCUUGAUCUUAAUCAAGCAAAUAAUUAUGCGGUUUUGGCAGCAUCAGUUUUUUGGCUGCAUUGGCAAUGAAUUCUAUUCUUUCCAAGAAGGAUGUAACUCAUGCUUGAGAAAUGAGACCAUGGAGUUUGUGCAUGGUUAGCGUGUGAAAUGUGGAGGGUGCCUAUCAAAUGGCAAUUGAAAAAAGAAAAACGUGACAAAAUCCAUGAUUAAUGUUAUGUUGCAAUAUAAGAAAUAAGGCAUUUGCUGACUAAUCAAAUCCUGUUUUAAUGAGCAUUAUGACUUGCAUCAUUCAACCUGAGCUAUAUCUGUGCCUCAUAACUCAUGAAACUUGUCAAGAAUUAAAACUCAUAAUAAAUUAAGAUGCACAGACUUUAAAAAAUUAAAUGGACAGUACAAUUAUUUUCGUUUGAUGGUCCAUAUUUUAUUUGGUAAGGAAACUGGCCUAUGGGCAUUUCUGCCUGCAUGCGAAAUAAUAGAGAAAAGAAAAUGUCCUUUGUUUUGCAGUGUUGAAAUAUCAAGCACAUUCAUAAAAUCUAAAUUAGUUUAUUUUUAUUUAUUUCAACAAUAAUUGGAUAGGAUUAGUAAAAUUUGUGAAUUAAACUAAACAGUUCAAUUUAAUUUGAUAAGUUGGGAAGUAGUAAGGAAUCCCAUGACAGGCUCAUUGGUUGUUCAUUCCUAAUUACUGAACUGUCACAAACUGAAUUGAAUACUUUCACAAAUGAAAUUUAGUUCUACUCUUUCAAUUCAACUCUUUCAAUUCAUGUCUUUCAUUAUGUUCCAGACUUUGUUGAUUUUUUCAAGUUGUCAUUCAAUAUUCAUAUUUUUACUUCUCUUGUUUAUUUUUAGCAUUUGUUGUCUCUUAUGUAUAAUGAAACAUGUAAAGUAUGUUUGAAUUUUAAAUAGGAAUGAAAUAUGUUCUGAAUUUGGAAGUAUUUCACAUGUCAGAUGCUAUGGUUAAUCUGUUAUUUAUAGUUGCUAUAUUUUAAGAUACUAAGUUAAAAAUUAUCAAAUGGUUCUGUUUCAAACCAAUGGUUCUAACUUUUUUUUUUUUUUGUCAUUCUGUUUACAUACUGUUUAUAGAAUGACUGCUUGCUUGUGUGGUAUGCGCUCUAGACAGUCAUCUUUAUGGUCCUGGGUUUGAACCCUGACAGCCAUCAAUCCCCCCCCUUUUCUGAAAGAGGUUUGGGUUAAGAUGUAAUCAUUUUCAAUUCUGAAGGAACAACUGAAACAUGUAAAGCAAUGUUUCACUCAAGAAACCGUAUCAACCCUAUUAGUUAGGGAACCAUGUUUUGAGAGCCAUAUUUUUAAACUGUUUUAGUUAUACCACUGCCGCAAUCAAAAUAUUACAAAAUGUACUCUUAUUUGUUAUAACAAUUUGUUCAGACAGAUGGACUUGUUAUUUACGAUCUCUUGUACAAAUGGUUGAUGUGAUAUUAUGUACAGUAAUUUAAAAAAGUAAAACACAAGAUCAAUUUUACAUUUUAAGGACACUGCCAUUGACAUUUAAUUAUUGGGGAACAACUGUGAUUAUAGAGGCAUUGAAAUGUAGACCUAUAUAAUAUGUUAAUAUGUCUAUGCAGUACUCUAUUAUGCUGCUUUUAAUCAUUAUGAAUUUUGUAUAUUAAAAUUUUAAAAUAUUGUUGAAGAAAUAAAUUAAAACUGUAAAUUGGCAAAAGAGGAAAAAAAAAUAAAAAAUAUAUAUAAUAUAUAUUUGUGCUAUGUAUAUAGUGUAUAAAAUACUAGUAUCAACCAUGAUAUGGUCAAAUGGUUGUGAUUCAAUAAAUAAUUUGACAUUAAGAAUCAAAAUCUUGAAGAGAGCAUGGUCACUGUUUAGCUGUAUGGGACAAGAAUGUAAUUAAUGAAAAUUAUGAAAAUACAAUUAACGUACAUAUUACUUAGUUUGCCAGGGUUACCUUUAUCUAUGUUUACUGUAGUUUCUAUACAAUGGGAGACAAGUGUAUGCAAAAGAGGAGUCUUAUUUUUCCAUCUCUAAAAGUUUUGUUUUUUCAUUUAGAUUUUUGUCCCUCUAUGAUUCUCCCCUCCCUGACCCAAAUCUAUUUAUAGUUUCAGUGUUGUAUGCAGCUAGAACUAGAUUGUCUUGCACUUAGAAAUUGGCUUGAUUAUCAGUGGUUAAGAUAUGAUAUUGUAAUAGCCUACAAUAUCAAGUAGAUAUUGGUCUACUACUGUUUUAAAAAAUACAUUUCAUGCUAAUUGUAGCCAGGAUUUCAAUGGGAAAUUAAAACUACAAAAAUAUUGAAUACAA